AGGGAGGCAUGCAGCAUCACUCAGUUGCAGUUCUGCAGGGGGUCAAGUUGGAGAACCCAGUGAAGAAUCGCAUCCCCAGAAUAUGAAUGCAGAAGCCUUUCCAUCUAGGCAAAGCUUGGUGGUCGCUUACUUUUCGAAAAGGAAUGUCUUGAACUGAGUGGUUCCCCAGGGUGCGGUGCUUGGCUUCCGAGCAGCGGUUCCUCAUCCGGAUGGCGUGUCGCUUGCAUCUCCUCUGUCCACCUUUCUGUGGAUGUUGAUGCCGCUCUGCAAGAAAGAAAGAUGUCAGUUUCAAACAUCCAGGUCGAAGGAAUGCUGGACAGUGCAGAUUAUGAGAAUGGCGCUGGCCCACCAUCCGACGACCACUUAAGGAACCUGAAAGCUCUGACUCAGAAGCUGCGGCUGGAAACACGGAGACCUUCCUACCUGGAGUGGAAAGCCCAAUUGGAGGGGCUGGCUUGGAAGAGCCACCCCAAACCCCCCGAGGAGGAGGAGGAGGAAGGCCAGGGUGAGAAACCAAAGGAGGAACGCAUUCCCGUAAGAGAGGUGCGCCACAUUCAUCGUCUCAACGGGGCAUCCUCCACCCAGCAAGUCCUAUUGGCCCCAGGAAAAAUUAGCAGCUUUGGUAAUAUUGACGAAGCUUUGAACUGGCUGAGGAAAGAACUGAUGGAAAUGCGUCUCCAGGAUCAGCAACUGGCCCGGCAGCUGAUGCGCUUGCGGAGCGACAUCAACAAGCUGAAGAUCGAGCAGACCUGCCACCUCCACCGGCGCAUGCUCAACGACGCCACCUACGAGAUGGAAGAGAGGGACGAGCUCUCCGACCUUCUCUGCGACUUCCCUCUCACGUCCUCCUUCAGCUUGUCUGCCCCGCUCAAGCUCAUUGGGGUGACCAAAAUGAACAUCAACUCUCGCCGGUUCUCACUCUGUUAGGGGGAAUUGGGGGAGUGGGCACAGGCAGUGGGGAACAGGCACAGGCAGUCGAGAUGGUGGCCGAAGUCCUCCAGAAACAGAAAAGGAGAAAUCUCUGCUUUCCUUUCCUUUUAUAGGAAGAGACACAUGAGAGAGGAGAAGCAAGAGAGGGACCAAGCAUACAAUAUGGCUGCACUGCAAGGGGAUUGAAGAUCAUGUCCUAUUUCGAAAUGGUGGGUUGUAAAAAGAACACCAGGAGUGAACUUAGACAUUGCCAUCCAUCUUAACAGGGAGAUAACAGCAAGAAAUGUAAGAUAUACUUAGGCAGAAAAAGCAAAAUGCAGUUAUAGGAUGGAUAACACCUGACUUGAUAGGAAUAUCUCUCUGAGGGAUCUUGGAGAUCACAAGGUGAACAUGAGUCAACGGUGUGAAAACAUGACUCACUAGAAAUAAUAAUACAGCUUGAUAUGGUGGGAAAAUAGAUGGAGACUAGACAACAAAAGGAUUGAUCUAACCUAGGAAGUUCAGAUUACUUACUUACUUAGGCGAUCCCUCGUUGUCCGAGUAAGAUUGUCCUCGCAGUAGGUAUGUAGGUGAAUGUGGAGUCCUAUUCUUGACCUGCAUGUUCUCCCGCAGUGAGGGCAUCAGUUUCCAGGUGGAAGGUGGUCCCAGUCAGGGUUGGCUUGAUGCGCCUUCCUCUUGGUCCUGUAGUCUCUCUUUCAUCCUCCAUUCAUGCUUCUUAAAAUUCUAUAGCACUGCUGGUUACAGCUGACCUCCAGCUAGAGAGCUCAAAGGCCAGUGCUUCCCAGUUCUCGGUGUCUACGCCACAGUUUUUAAGGUUGGCUUUGAGCCCAUCAUUAAAUCUCUUUUCCUGCCCUCUAACAUUCUAUUUUCCAUUCUUGAGUUUGGAGUAGAGCAACUGCUUUGGGAGACAGUGGUCGGGCAUUCGGACAACGUGGCCAGUCCAGCGGAGUUGAUGGUGGAGGACCAUCGCUUCAAUGCUGGUGGUUUUUGCUUCUUCCAGCACACUGACAUUUGUCCACCUGCCUUCCCAAUAGAUUUACAGGAUUUUUCAGAGACAACACUGAUGGAAUCGUUCCAGAAGUUGCAUGUGACGUCUGUAGAUAGUCCACAUCUCGCAGGCGUAUAGCAGGGUUGGGAGAACAAUAGCUUUACAAACAAGCACCUUGUUCUCUCUAUGGAUUUCCCAGUCCUCAAACACUCUCCGCUUCAUUUGGAAAAAUGCUGCACUCGCAGAGCUCAGGCAGUGUUGUAUUUCAGUGUCAAUGUUGAUUUUUGUGGAGAGGUGGUUGCCAAGGGAGUGGAAACGGUCAACUAGGAAAAUGGGGUUUAUAUAUCUGUGGAAUGUCCAGGGUGGGAGAAAGAAUUCUUAUUUAUUGGAGGUAGUUGUGAAUGUUUCAAUUGGCCACCUUGUUUAGCAUUUAGUGGCCUAGCACUUUUCAAGGCGUGGCUUCUACUGCCUGGGGGAAUCCUGUAUUGAGAGGUGAUUGUUGUACUGCUGGGCUUGGCCUCAUGUAAGCUACCCCGAGUCCCCUUGGGGAGAUGGUGGCAUGGUAUGUAUAAAUAAAUAAAUAAAUAAAUAAAUAAAUACUCUUAUUAUUUGCUGUCACUGAUUGUUUCUUAUCUGGAGCUCCCUUGUCUUUAUUGACAUGAACAAAAUGAACAAAAUCUAGCUACCAGUAUUAAAAAACUCUAAAAUCAUAACAGUAAAUAAAGACAAGGGAGCUCCAGACAAGAAACAAUCAGAGACAGCUAAUCACCUCUCAACAAAGGAUUCCCCCAGGCAGUAAGAAGCCACACCUU